AUGGUGGGAAUAACAUUACUUGUAGAUCUAUGGAGGAAAAAACAAAGCUUUAACAUGGCACAUUCUUAUCCAUCUUCAUGGCUUUUUUCUGCAUCUGCCACUGCUGCCACAAUGUCUGUUGGAGCCUCUUUUGCCUCAAAUGAUUUCUUUGGUUUCAGGACACCAGUAGCUUUUUCUGACUCUGGAGUGCUGGCGGUUACCGACGAUUACCUUUCCGGCGUACGAACUUCGCCGGGGAAAUAUUUCUACCAUGAUACUCUAAAGUAUAGCCCAAAGGGCUACAAUUUUGAACUUAAGCCACUGUGGUCUGCUUUUGAGUUGAGAUCAUUUGCACUGAUCUCAUUGAGGUCAUUCUUGAUGUUCUAUUUGCCUCCUUUGGAGCCUCAUGCAAAUAUGGAACAAGAUUAUGAUAACUUUUUGGAAGACCCAGAUGAUGAAUUUCAUAUAUUCGUGGCUGUUCCCUUCAAGAAAUCACUAUUGCAAAUCGUCCGCGAGGUUACCGUUGUCACAACUAAACGUAUUUUAGAAAGACUCACUUUCCAUUAUGCUUCAAAAAAAAUGGCAUGGAGACUUCUUAAAGAUGUUCCUGCAUCGGCUAUUCGAAAGGCGGAACGGGGAAUGCCGACUUAUUUGUACAUCUUUUCUGUGAGCAAAGCAACUCUUAGAGGACAAACGAUUGGUGUUGCAGCAUCAUGGAUUGUUCAAGUAGGGGUCAGAAUAUUUCAAUUCUUUACAUCAAAGUCAGAUGGUAGCACCGACAAAGAUGAGAGAAACAGAAUUUUGAAAGAGAAGAUUUUGAUAGCUACACUUAAGUGUAAUGCAUCUCUAGUUUUUGCAGCUAUUGGUGGAGGAAUUGGUGCUGCUAUUUGUCGUCCUUCGGUUGGUCAGUGGAUUGGUUGUGCUGUUGGUGAUUUGACUGGUCCAGUUAUUGUAGCAGCGAUUGCUAACAGUACUUUAGACUGGGACCUCUAA